AUGAAUGUGAUAAAUAGUAGCUUCCAAAACCAAAACGCCUCUAAUGCAUCAUGGAUGUACUAUCACAAUUCAACGGUCAAAGAGAUAUCAGAUGCUGCGAGUGUGCAAAACGGAAAAGAAGUCAAGUUUAUUUCGCUUUGCAUCAUUAUUCUUGCUGCGUUGCUCGGAAAUGGCUUCAUUCUGUGGCACAUUUCUAAAGACAGACGCAGGCGCUCRGCAACAAACAUCUACAUUGCAAGUCAGUGCGUUACUGAUUUUGCAACAUCUCUACUCGUCAUUCCAUUUGGCGCUGCYUCACUCCUCCAAGGUGGCUGGAUGCUUGGGAAAGGAUUUGCUAUAGCCAACUGCUUUUUUAACAUGUUCUUCACCUCUCUAAYGCUACUCAACCUAGCAGUUAUAGCACUUGAUAGAUACUUUGCAGUUGUUAAGCGAUCCCAUCAUCUGAUAACACAACGCACUGCUAUGUGGAUUGUUCUGGGUUGCUGUGCUACGGCUUUUGUGGUAUCUUUUCCCUGGUUACCAUUACUAAGCGAUGAAGUCGCGGUCGAUUUCAUGGAAGGAUUUCUUACUUGUGGACAAAAAUUUGUACGCUCGUCAGCACAGCUUGAAAUAGGAUUAUUUUUCAUCAUCUCAGCAGCAAUAACUUGCAUUCCGAUGGCUAUUAUAUGCUUCAGCUUUUACCAUAUAGCUAAGAAAGUAAAGAAAAGCCGUUGCAGCACAAAUCCAAUGGCACUGUCCAAUGCUCGAAAGCUCCAGGCAGAUGCUUACGCCAAAUCAGCUAAAACGUCGUUUAUUGUGACACUUUCAAGUCUUAUUCAAGUUUUCCCGGCAUGCAUGAUGAUGGCAUUAGACGGUAUACAAUUCAUGCGGAUUCCCAAAAAUGUCGCCACAGCUGCCAAAAUCAUAAUGUGGAGCCAUUGUGCGUUAAAACCAAUAGUUUACGCGGUCCGCAAAAGGAUGUCUACAUUCAGUGGAGAAGAUAAAAGGCGUGAUUAUCUAGAAUCACAUUAUGAACAGAAAUCUCUUCCCUCUAUCAGCCAAAGAAGCAACGUAUAUAUUGCAGAUKGUUUCCAGACGAACUUCAGCUGUGUCAUGGAGAGAAGACAAGUUAACAAUGGAAACAAGAUUAUUUACGAUCCUCCUUGUGUUGUGCACUCGUUUAAUACAACCAAGGAAGACAUCGAUCGAAAAUUUGAUAAUGUUCUAGCAAUAGUUAAUAUUUAA